CAAAUCCUCAUCGAAAUGUCGGAUUCCGAGGGCACCGCCGUUGCAUCACCGCAAGACCAAACCUCCGCCAUGGAGCCCGAAUCCGAACAGCAGAAGCACCACGACGCACCAGCUCACAAAGAGAAGCCCAGCGUCCACACCUCCUUCAGCAUAUGGCCGCCGACCCAGCGCACCCGCGACGCCGUCGUCAACCGCCUCAUCGAGACCCUCACCACGCCCUCCCCUCUCUCCAAGCGCUACGGCACCAUGACUGCCGACGAGGCUUCCGACACCGCCCGCCUCAUCGAGGAGGACGCCUUCGCCGCCGCCGGUGGCUCCGCCGCUACCGAGGAGGACGGGAUUCAGAUCCUGCAGGUUUACUCCAAGGAGAUCAGCAAGCGCAUGCUCGACAGCGUCAAGUCCAGGAACGCGGCUGCUUCCCCUGCUCAAAACGGCGCCGCGGAGCCCGAGACUGCGAGCUCUGCGGUGGACCCCACCGCUGCCGCCGCCAGUGAGGAUGCUAUGGCCGAAGAGUAAUGAUCUAUCCAUGUGUGUUAGGUCACUCUAAGCUUCGUAUUAGGGCUUUCAUAUCGAGAUCUAUUCGUAUUUAUCAUGGAUUUCUUGUGAUGCCUGUAUACUUAAUGACGUCCUAAAUAUUUAAACUUUGGUAAUUUCGCAUUGCGCUUCAAUGUUCCGUGGAUUAUAUUAUCUGGAUUUCUGUUGUGAGUAUU